AUGGCGGCACAGGGUAAAAAAAAGAAGAUAAAGGGGACGAAGAUGGCCCUGACAGAUUUUUUGGCUGAUGGGUCAUCUAAUCCAGCACCACCAGCCAAGAUUGAUUGGGCUGCAGAGAUGGAGAGUAAUGACAUGGAAGAUCUAGACAUGGAUUUUUUAAAGCCAAGAAUAGACAGAUCCAAGUUACCGACAGCUCCCAAAUCUGCUCGUGGUCCUGAUGUAGAUAUGAAUAAAGUUCCUUCAGAGCCACCAUUUACAGCAUUUAUAGGAAAUCUAGCAUAUGAAACUACAGAGGAUAAUAUAGCUGACUUUUUCAAAAAACUUCAGGUUUUAAAUGUGAGAUUGCCAGAAGACAGAGGCAGACUUAGAGGAUUUGGUUAUGUGGAAUUUGCUGACAGACAAAAUCUACUGGAUGCCCUAAACAUGAAUGAAGAGAAUAUGAUGGGAAGGAAAGUUAGAGUAGAUUUAGCCGAUCAACACCAACAAAAUGAGAACAAAAAAAGUGGUGGUUAUGAUAGACAAACAAGUGGCGAUCCUGAUAGAGCAGAAGGAAAUUGGAGGGCACCUCCUAAAAGUUUUGAUGAUUUUGAUAGAGGCCCAGCCAGGGGAGGUUUUGAUGACCGAGGUCCUCAAAGAGGAGGUUUUGAUGACCGAGGCCCUCAGAGAGGAGGUUUUGAUGAUAGAGGCCCACCAAGAGGAAGUUACGAUGACAGGGGGCCUUCAAGAGGUUUUGAUGAUAGAGGACCAUCAAGGGGUUUUGAUGAUAGAGGACCAUCAAGGGGUUUUGAUGAUAGAGGCCCACCAAGAGGUGGUGGAAGAUAUGAUGAUAGAGGUCCAUCAAGAGGAUAUGAUGAGCAAGGCCCAAGAGGGGGAUAUGGAAGGGAUAGGUAUGAUGACAGAGGUCCACCACGAGAUAGAUAUGAUGACAGGCGACAAGGAUAUAAUGAUAGAGGAGGUAGAGACUUUAAUAGAUUUGAAGACCGAGGCCCUCCAAGAGAAAGAUACGACGACAGAGGUCCACCAGCUGAUGAUGGUGGACGGAGACCAUUUGGUAGUGGUUAUAACCGUGAUGAUAGACAGGGAAGCAGAGCAGACAGGCAGAGUCCACCCAGAGAAACACCAUCUGAAAGGCCCAGAUUGAAUUUAAAACCUCGUACUAAAGCACCAGAAGAAAGCCAAACGACAGAUAAACCUCCAGCAAGGAAAACUUCAGCAAAUAUAUUUGGUGAUGCUAAACCUGUAGAUACAGCAGCUAAAGAGCGAGAGAUCGAGGAAAGGUUACGUAGAGGAAGAGAUGAUGAGAGUAGAAGAAAAGCUGAUGAAGAAAAAGAAAACACUACUAAUACAAGUCCUGGAUAUCGACCUCGUCAGUAUAGUGGAGAAGAAGGAGGUGGACGACAGAGGCGACUGAGUAGUAACAGUUCAGGUAAAGGUAGACCAGGACCUCCUCCUGUUACCUCUCCUGGUAAAUCGAGACGUGACAGUGAUAAUUCUAAUCAUUCACAAGAAGUAUUUUCUGGUGGAGAGGAAACAAAAGAAGAACCUCGUAGUCCGGUCUCUCCAGCUCAUAGAGAUGAGCUUGCCUCAAAAUUAGUGCCAGCCCCUCCCCCAUCAGUUAAUGUCUGGGAGAAGAGAAAAGAAACAGUAGUAAAAACUGCAGUUGUGUCAGUGAAAUCACCAAUGGAGUCCCAUACUCACAUCAAGUCAGAAACACGGUCUAUAGCAGAUGCACCUAGUUCUUCAUCUUCAUCAUCCUCAACAUCACAGUCUCCUGAAAAUAAGGCAGCACCUCCACCUAAGGAAAAUCCCUGGACAAGACGGCAAUACAAUAAAGAAUCAGAUGCACCCGUUAGUAGCAGUCCUUUGGGGAAACCUUCUGGAAGAGGUGAACGUUCAGAUUUGAAGGGUCAGGGUAGAGGUCAUAGAGGAUUUCCUGAAAAAGGCAGAGGACAAGAAAGUAAACCAAGACAUCAUGAGAAGAAACUACCCCAGUCUAUUGAUGAAAUGCCAAAAUAUGAACCACAAGUGCAGAAGGAUUUUAGACAACAAAACAAAUUUGCUGGAUUAGUAGAUGAAGAUGAAGACAAUGGUGAAGAAUCCACAUGAAAACAAAACUUUCAUAUUCAAUAUUAAAUGUUGAAAAUAAGAGAUAUCUCUAUAAAAUGAGCAUUUUAUAUUUGUGUUCUUUUGGAAGAUCACCAAUGAAAUUCUAUGACAAGUCUAUAAUUUAUUGAUAAAAUGAAGCGAUUUUCAUUUUAUAUUCUAGUAUAUGUGUGUACUUGACUUCAUUUUCUCAGUACUAUCAUGUUUAUCAUCAGAAAUUGUCAUAAAAGUGCUUUGUUAAAGAAUGAAUAAUUCUAUUUUGUUGGAGUACAACCGUUCACAUGUGAAAGCUUUCAUACUUGUUUUAUUUGUCAUCAUAUUCUCAUGGCAUUGCUAUAUACUAUCAUUGUGAUUCGUCAGUUUUUAUGGGAGUUAUUAGACUUUGACCUUGUUUUUGUCUCGCCUUGACAGAGUCAAAAAGCGAGACAUAGGUAUGCUGUUUCCGACGUCGUUGGCGGCGUCAACAAUGUAUUAGUUUGUGAUUAGGUCUAGUUCAUGGUGAACCACUAGUGGUAGGUCAAUGAUAUUUGGUAUGCAGUUGUAUUAGCAUUGGCACAUCUCAUUACCAUGGAGAUUAUUUGGCCCCACCCCCUCAGUCAAGGUCUAUUGAUUUUGAAACUUUUCAUAGUUUACAUGUAUUAGUUUGUGAUUAGGUCAGUUCAAGGGAAACCAUUAGUGGUAGGCCAAUGUUAAUUGGUGUUCAGUUGUAUAAGUAUUAGCACAUCUCAUUUCCAUGGAGAAUAUUUGGCCCUGCUCCCUCAGUCAUGGUCUUUUUACUUUGAAACUUUUGCUUAGUUUACAUGUAUUAGUUUGUGAUUAGAUCAGUUUAAGAUGAACUGCUAAUGUUAAGUCAAUGAUAUUUGGUAUGCAAAUUUAUUGGCAUUUGCAAGUAUCGUUUCCAUGGAGAUUAUAUAGCCCCACCCCUGAUCAUAGUUCAUUGACUUUGAAACUUUUACAUAGUUUACAAGUUAAUGUUUGUGUUUAGGUUUGUUUAAAGGGAACGAUUUAUAAUAAGUCAAUGGUAUUUGGUAUGCAGUUGUAUUAGCAUUGGCACAUCUCAUUCCAUGGAGAUUGUUUAGCUAUGUACCUUCAGUCAUGGUUCAUCGACUUUGAAUAUUUGCAUAACUUACAUGUUAAAGUAUUGCUAUUUUGAUUUCAACAUUUGCAUUAUCAAAAUUACAAAAAGGCGAGACAUAUCUCUGUGAUAACAGUUUAUUUACUAUUGUAGCACAAUGACACCUUGUGAAUGCAUCUUCUCUGAGAAUGUUUGCCUGAAAGCUUUCAUACUUGGUAGGAUUGCCUUGUCAUAAUGUGUUACUUGUCAUAUUAUACUGUCACUUUCAUACGACUUACUUUGAAGAGUUAUGGGACUUUUUUUAACUAUGUGACUUAGUCCUUCUGUUUCUGGCGACAGCUGCAAUAUCAACAAACUGGUAAAGUUGUGAUUUAUUAGGUCAGUUUAAGGGGAACAACUUGUGACAGGUCAAUAAUAUUUGGUAUGCAGUUGUUAUAGCAUUGUCAUAUCUCAUUUCCAAGGAGAUUUUUUGACACUGUACCUUCAAGUCAUUGACUUUGAAGCUUCUGCAUAGUUUACAUGUUAAAGUGAUGCCAUUUUAAUUUUAAUAUCUGCAUUAUACUAUCAAAAUUACACGCAGUUGAGGCAUAACUGUUCAACUUUAUACAAAUUCAGAUUAGAGCCUAUAAAAUUUCAUUGCCUUGAAGAAUAUUAGCUCCACAUGUUGUCAACACUAGAAGGCAUGAAUAAGGUUGGGUUGACAAUUUAAAAGGAUUUUCAUUAGCCAAGCCUUGUUUAAGUCUGUUUGAAUAUAGAAUUGGGAAUGGAAACGGGGAAUGUGUCAAAGAGACAACAACCCAGAGUAUGCAUUUUAAAUUGAAUUCUCAGAAAAUAUCCUUAAUGACAUUUUUCACUUUUUCACAUUUUUUUACUUCUCUACCACAAUAAAGGGUCCUUUGUUAUCAUAAUGUGUUGGUCAAUAACAAUAUUAUAUCCACAUUUGCUUUCAAUAUUCACAUUUUUAACUUGCUGUAAAAAGCUGUGCCUGGUGUAGCCCUUUUUAAUGUGAAAAUAAAAGACUCAGCUGAAUUUAACCUUUGAAUGUGCUCUUUUUCAAAUAAUGGAACCCUUGAAUUAAUUUUCAAUCAAUAUUUUUAAUACCUUAUUGUAAAAUAUUAUUUAUUUGAAACGGAUCGUUUGGAUUCAUUGAAAAUUUUUAAAUGAAAGGCCAUGAUUGAAAGUGUAUCUUUUAAAGAAUAUCAUGUUGACCUGAAUGGAUGAAUCUACAUGUAUUACUUUCAUGACAUCUUAGAACUUUCCCCUCAGUAAAACAUUCCACAUUAACUUAUAAUGACAUCGUUAAAAUAAUUUCUUGGUAAAUUAUCCUUGUAUUUCUCAGGACCAUUCAAGUUUGUCAGAACAUACUUAUUGUGUUAUCAUCAUAAGAAAUUAUUUUUAUAAUAUAUUAAAGUAACAGAUUUCUGUAAUUGGAAAAGCAUGUUGAAGGCCCAUAGACCAUAAUAUGUUUAUUUGCUAUCACUAUUCAAUUAUAAAAACAGUUUGAAAAAUUAAAACCUCUAUCUAUACAACAAUAGGUAUACAUUUUAAAAGUAUUAGAAGCGUGAAAUUUCUCUCAAUUUGUUUUGUAAUAUAUUACAUAGCCCAAUUACAUUAUAAUGCUUUCAGUAUGUUCUUUAUGCAUACAAGUCUGCCAAUGUUCCUUCAUAUUUUUGGGGUACCUGGUUGAUAGAUACAUUAAUCCUGAAUGAAUUGUAUGUUUCAUAAGUAAUUUAUUUUCCCUAUGUGUGUUAUUAAGCUGUAUCAGAUGAUUUGCUGAUUUAUAAUUAUGAAUUAAAUGAAUAUUCAAGAGUUUAAUCUGAUAAUGUACAUACAAUGUAAAUUUUCCUGCAAUUAGGGAAAAUUUGAAUAAAAUAUUUUAAAGAA